GUCACGCCUGCCAAGUACACGGCGAGUAGACAAAGUACACGGCGAGUACGCGGCGAGUAGUCAAAGUACACGGCGAGUAUUUGUUAUCGCGAAUCUUGAUUUCCCCGUGCAAGUCGGAUUUUUCUCCUUGUCGGAGGUCAUGGACGUGUCAAAGUAUCGACUUUAAAGGCUCUUGUACCUUGGCUUUUUCCGCUUGAAGUGCGACCCCACGAAGGAUGGUCAACAGCCAAGUGCCGGCCGCACCUUCGGCCCCCAGGUGGUGCGCAGGGUGCGGGGGGAAGAUCGCCGAGCGCUUCCUGCUCUUCUCCAUGGAGCGCUACUGGCACACCCGCUGCCUGAAGUGCUCCUGCUGCCAGGCCCAGCUGGGCGACAUCGGCAGCAGCUGCUACAGCAAGGGCGGCAUGAUCCUGUGUCGCAGCGACUACAUCAGGCUGUUCGGGCACAGCGGGGCGUGCAGCGCCUGCGGACAGUCCAUCCCCGCCAAUGAGAUGGUGAUGAGGGCGCAGGGAAAUGUUUACCACCUGAAGUGUUUCAGCUGCGCCACCUGCAGGAACCGCCUGAUGCCCGGAGAUCGCUUCCAUUACAUGAACGGAACGGUUUUCUGCGAGCACGACAGACCCGGCGCUGCCUUGCUCAGCGGCCACCUGCCCCCUCUUCAGAGUAGUUCUGUGUUGACGGACCAAAAGGUCUGCUGAGGGGCGUGUCUUGUAUGUGAGGGGGCGUGUCCUGUACAUGAUGGGGUGUGUCCUGUACGUGAGGGGUGUGUCCUAUUCGUGUGCCCACGCUGGACUUCUCUCUCUCCCCCGCCACUGUCGCCAUUGUUGUGGAUUCUGCUCACCACCUGUCCUAAAAAACUGGCGGCCUUUCUUUGCAGCCCGCCCUCCCAUCCAACGCGUCGUCCAUGUUGUGCUCGGUCUAAGGGUGGCCUGUCCUGCUCCGCGGACUCCUUGGGACCGUGAGAGCCUGAGCACAACGCUGAUGAGGAUCCACCUGGUCACGGUUCCGAGGAAGGGACUAAAGAUGCUUGACGGAGUUGCGAUGGAUGUGAAAAGACGAUGUCAACCCCCCCAACCCCCCUGCCUCUCCCCCUAUAAGCAUCAUGAUGUGUUUUUUGUAUGUUGGUCUGAGAUCUGACCCACCGGGGACUGAAUACACAGUAAAACCGGCAAAACGUGUCUGAAAAAAAUCAAUUCAUUACGAUUUAGCACAGGGGUGUCCAAACUAUUUCCACUAGGGGCCGCUCUUUGAAAAAUUAAAGCAUGCAGCGGCCAUUUUGAAAUGUUCAAAUUUUCAAAACCAAUACAACAGGUGUGUCUAAAUUAUUGCCCGGCAGCCUUUUGGCCCCUGAGACGUCACAAGUUCAACAUAAGCAUUCAUCUUAAAUCCCAGACUCGCUGCCAAUUUGUGGACAAUGUGAGUAAAUCACAUCAAUGAGAAAUAGUAGCAGAGCAUUUACUUAUAAGACAUGAUCCAAACAACCUUCCCUAGUCAUUGUGCAAUAUAUAUAUAUAUGUAUAUACAGUCGUGGUCAAAAGUGUACAUACACUUGUAAAGAACAUAAUUUCAUGGCUGUCUUGAGUUUCCAAUCAUUUCUACACCUCUUAUUUUUUUGUGUUAGAGUGAUUGGAGCACAUACUUGUUGGUCACAAAAAAACAUUCAUGAAGUUUGGUUCUUUUAUGAAUUUAUUAUGAGUCCACUGAAAAUGUGAGCAAAUCUGCUGGGUCAAAAGUAUACAUACAGCAAUGUUAAUAUUUGGUUACAUGUCCCUUGGCAAGUUUCACUGCAAUAAGGCGCUUUUGGUAGCCAUCCACAAGCUUCUGCUUGAAUUUUUGACCACUCCUCUUGACAAAAUUGGUGCAGUUCAGCUAAAUUUGUGUCAUGUCUGUGUAAUCAUGUUUUGUUUUAGUCAUGUUUUGUUUUGUUUAGUUAUUGGACUCUUUAGUUUCUGGCUUUUCACUCCCUUGUCUUGUUUCCAUGAUUACCCAUUAGUUUCACCUGUUCCACGUUUGGACUCAUUGUGCACUCUUGUUUGU